AUGAGAAGUAAAUGUAUCAUCUCAAUGGCUGGUAACAAUUGUACCGUUCUGGAUCCAAAAGACCUCCAAAACAAAAGAACCUUUACCUUUGAUUAUUGCUACUGGUCACAUGAUGGGUAUAUUGAGAAUGACCAGGGAGUUUUCCUGCCUAAUGGACCUCACAGCCGUUACAUCGGUCAGGAGCAUGUCUUUAAUGAACUUGGAAGAGCUGCCUUGGAAAAUGCCUGGAAUGGGUACAAUGCAACCAUUUUUUCCUAUGGUCAGACUGGAUCAGGGAAGAGCUAUUUGAUGACUGGAUAUGAAGGAAACAAAGGUCUUGUUCCCAUGAUUUGUGAAGAACUUUUCCAGGAAAUUAAACACCGUCAAAGCAAGGAUGGACAGUUUUAUGUUUAUUUUAGCAUGUUUGAGAUCUACAAUGAACAGGUUCAAGACCUCCUGUCAAAGGUUCGUAAGCCUAAUGGCCUGCGUGUACGGGAAGGCAGAUGUGGAUUUUAUGUUGAGUGUCUGAAAUCAGUGCCAUGUAGCAAUUUUAAGCAACUUGAGGCUUUACUGGAUCAAGGAAUUCGCAACAGAAGUGUCGCAACAACGAACUGGAACACCACCAGCAGCAGAUCCCACAUGGUGAUCAAUAUCCAUUUUCAACAGGUGUUUGCAAACCAAUUCAUGACAAAGCAUUCAGAGAUUAACUUGGUGGAUUUGGCUGGCAGUGAAAGGCAACGAAGUGCAGGAGCUGCUCCUGACAGAUUCAAUGAAGCACGGGCAAUCAAUCUCAGUCUAACAACUCUUGGAAAUGUUAUUAGUUCCCUAUCGGACAAGGCUGUGGGCAAGAGAGUUCAGUACAUUCCUUACCGUAACUCAAUACUUACCAGGCUGCUUAGCAAUUCACUAGGCGGGAACAGCAAGACAAUUAUGGUUACAAUGAUUAGUCCAGCAGACAUCUAUUAUGAUGAGACCAUGUCAACAUUACGAUUUGCAGAAAGAGCUAAGAAUAUACAGAACAGAGCAGUCAUUAAUGAAAGCCUAACUGAGCAGCUUCUCAUGGAUCUGAAAGAGAAUAAUACUGGGCUACGAGCAAGAAUCGCUGACCUGGAGAAAGCUGGAGAUGUUCAUAUUGAUGAGCAAGAGGUGCUCAAAAAAUUAAUUGUUGAUAAUGAACGACAAUUGAAAGAUAUGCAGAAAUCAUGGCAGCAGAAACUUGAAGAAGCAAGGAGGGAAUGGGAGCAGCAAUAUAGCUCUAUUAUAAAGGAAGAGAAAAUGAUGGCAGAACUUCCCUAUUUCCUAAAUGUUAAUGAAGAUCCCCAAUUGUCUGGGGCAGUUAAACACUUUAUUCAUCAUGGCAUUACUACAAUUGGGCGAACAGCUGGUUUACAGCAGGACAUUGUUUUGAAAGGACUGGGGAUUCUGGACAAGCAUGCAGUGCUUACUAGUCAUGACCAUAAAGUGGUUCUUGAGUCCAUAAACAAGGCUCGGAUUUUGAUCAAUGGAGUACCUGUUCUAACAAAGCAUCAGCUACAGCAUUUGGACAGAGUUAUAAUUGGAUCCUGUUCAUUCUACUUGUACGUGGGUUUCCCACAUGAACGAAAUGACAGAGAUAAAAUUCAUAAAUACAACUAUGAAUUUUUUGCUUCUGAAUUGGCAUCUAUUGAAGGGUUUGGAAAGGUGAAUGUAGGAAUGGGUGAAGAACUGAAGGAAAACCUGGAUCCUGAUUUGGCCAGAAUUUUUCAUGACUUUAUAGCAAUCAUGCCAAUGGUGGCUCAAGCAAACCAAAUAAGUGAAGAACUUAACAAGGGGGUUAUCUUUGAACCUGAGGUGAAAAACCUGACGUCAACAGAUGCCAAGGGAGAGGGAUUAGAAAAAGAAAUUAUUGUGAAGGUAAUAAACAAGCUAACAAAUCAGGUCGAGAUCUGGCCACGGGACAAGUUCACUGAUCGGAAGCUUUUAAUUGAAGGCAUCUACCAGCACUUUCUAGAAAAUGGAACAAUAUCUAAUAUGGUGGAACAAGAUCCAUUCUGGGAUUCUGUUGAAAUCUUGCAUCUUGGGAGUGCCCAUGUGUGGUUGGAAACUUUGGCGUAUUGCAUAGCUUAUGAAGACCAGGUGGAGGCUAUUAAUUAUCGAGGGAAAGAAGAGGCCAUUAUACAGAUCAGAUUGCUGCCCUGCUCACCAAGUGGAAACCCACUGGGAGAGGAAUCUGUCAUUGUUGACCCUGAUGAUCUGCUGGGAAAACGCAUGGACUUUCAAAUGCAGAUUAGUCUAUGUUUAGGAGUGAAAUGGAUCCAAGGAAACAGCAGCAGAGGAGUUCAAAUUGGGUUUAUGAUGUAUGGGCUUCCUGCAAUGUUCUAUACCCCUGCUGUGUGGAAUAAUGCCAACUUUGAAAUGGAUUACACAAUGUGCUUCAUGAUUCAACAUGUUACUGCAGAUUUCCUCAGCUAUUUGAAAACACAUGCAGUAGUACUGGAGCUGUGGGGUUUGCAAGAAGUUUGUCAAGAAAUGGAGACUGAAUUUGCUCAUGUUGCACUAGCUGGUAAUGAUAGUGUGCUGUUGGAUUUGUGCUAUAGAAAUCAAUGGACAUCAGUACCACAGGAUUCUGAGAAAUGUAGAUCCAAAUUAUCUGAGCAACUCAAAAUGUUGGAAGAAGAGAUUGAAAACCUCAAAGAUGCAAACCGAAGCUUAAAAAGUGAAAACAUCAAAAUGCAAAGGGAACUCGAAAGGCUGAGAAACCUCCCCUCAAGCCCCGGAUUAGUUACAAAUGGGGGUCCAAUGAAAUCCGCUAAUGAUCGAUCUGAUCAAAAGUCCCCAUUUCCCAGCUGGGAUGCUGAGUUUGCCAAGGCCCUCAAGACAUUUUAUUUCAGCAUGAUUGGAGUGAGAGCGAGACUAAUCCACCUGAAGGAGGUCAGGCCACUGGAUGAAGAACGUAUUCUUUGCCUCAGGUAUUUUGCAAAUGAAAGAAAUCAACUGAUCGAAGAGCUGGGAGCGGAAUUGGAAAGUUGUGUGGGAAAACUGAAGAACGACAUUGCUAAAAUUAUCAAAAGAAAGAAAAAACUUCAGAUUGAUGCAGUGUCACCACCUUAA